GGGAUUCUUCUGACCAAUCAGAGCCUGUAAUUCCAGCGCCCCGCCCACGCGCUUUACCGGAGAGAUGUGAGGCGGUUUUGUACUCGCUGUAAACACGACCGAAGCGAGACGGCAGGAGGAAAGUCGCUGGAGCGGUGAGAAUGUUGUGACUCAACGCAGCAGAAGUGGUGUCUGAGCCCCGCUGUGGACGAGGUGGACGAUGCGGGGUUUGCGCUCCAGGUCUGACUCCAUGGCUGAACCACUGAACUCGGCCGUGGAGACGGAGAAGGCUCAGGCGCUGCUCCAGACGUUCAGCACAGCAUCUCUGCUGGCCAGCGCUGGACUCGGAGUCUUCUGCCUCCUAGCUGACAUCGUUCUGAGCUCACCAUUUAUCCAGCAGCACACGUGGCUCAGGGCCGUGCUGGACAACUCAGUCCAUGCCGUGAUCGCACUGUGGUCUUGGGCCAUCGUCAUUGGCCUGAGGAAAAAGAGCGACUUUUAUGAAGUGUUACUGGCUGGUUUUCUCGCCUCUGCCGUCGACUUGGACCACUUCUACAUGGCCAGAUCACUGUCACUUCAAGCAGCAUUGAACCUGCCCCGGCGUCCUCCGCUGCACUGCUCCACGCUGGUCCCAGUGUUCUGCUUCUCACUGCGCCUGCUCAUGUGGGCGUGCAGGCUGAAGGACUCCUGGUGUUCACUGCCCUGGCUGCUCUUCGUCUCUCUGGCUUCACACCACAUAAGGGACGGAGUGCGUCACGGCUUGUGGCUGUGGCCUUUUGCCAACACGCCGCCAAUCUCCUACUGGCUGUACGUCACCAUCACGGCAACCCUCCCACACCUCUGUUCUGUGCUCAUGUACCUGACCGGCACCAGAGACAUGAUCUCUACCAAGCAUGGCGUGGCCAUCGAUGUCUGAUCUGACAGCUUAACAAUCUAUGAUGUGCGAUAAAGAAUUACUGUACUUCGAUUCCUCGCGAAGGAAACGUUUGCACUGCAGUCGUGUGACCUGAACGUCUGGAUUUCAGCAGCGCCUCAGUUACAUCUGCAAGUCCUUCUUGUCCCUUUAUGUAAUUUAACCAGCUCAUCAGGUGUCACUUUGCUAUCAGGGUUUACUAACUGCUUGAAUGCGAACUGGAAUAUUUAAGCUAUUUAUAAUAACAAAAGAGACAAAAGCUCUCUUUUUAAAGGAAUCUUUGCCAUACCAAGCCCACUUGUCUGUGAUAUUGUCAUCACGAUCAUCAUAUUGUUUGAUAUGACUGAUUAGAUUUAGAAAAUAUGCUAGAAAGAAGGUUCUCUUUAAUGGUACAUUUCAGCCCCAAGGUGAAAUUCACAACCAGACUCCUCCAGCUUGCACUAUGCUAACACGCUAAGCUUGCAGCAUUAACCUCUAACCCCAAGCAGAGCUCAAACAACCUACAUGUCUCAGUUGGUUGAACAGAUUUGAGGUAGGGCUAACAUUUCAACACUGUCCCAUGUUCAGGGAAGUACAAAUAAGCUGUAGUAGCCGUCAGGAUAUUGUCAUCUGUGAUCAAAACCUACACACCGCCUGAACAACCUUCUUACUUGAACACAUCAGAUAAUUGAACAAAUUUGCUAUGCUUACAUCUGAACUCUGUUUUGUGCACUAGUAUGGCUUAAAGCUUUAUAAAGAAGAGUUGCUUUAGUUGAAACUGAAUCAUUGAUUGCUUACGGUUCCAAGAUAUAAGGAUGUGAUAGUCUAGUGAGUAAGGUGUUAGUCCACGGAGAUGGGGCCCCUGAGCAAGACCCUUAACUCUCGAUUGCUCAGUUGUAUGGAAAAUGAGAUAAAACGCAAGUCGCUACGGAGAAAGGUGUCUGCACAUUGAAGUUGUUCACCAGUCUGAUCGGAGAGUAUUAGGUGCAGAGCAGGCUGAAGGUAACAACAGCAGGCCGAAGGUAACAAGAAGUUCCCAAUACCGAUUAUACACUUUAUGAGAUAUAAAACAACCAAUAUGAAUACUACUUCUGGAGCUCAUGAGGAUCUGCUGACUUUCAUGUCAGAUUUCUAGCUUUUGACAGACAGCCAAAAUCCUCGCCCAUUCACACACCGGGGGACAUGUGACUGACUGUAUUUUCAAGUAGUCACCACUAUCUGCUGUGAGUUUAUUUUACUCCAUUAUAUAUUUAUUAAUUUAAUUUUGUUUAAUGUUCUUGUACUCUUAUUGUGUCAAAGCUUAUUCUCUUGUGAAUCUGAGCCUCAUGGCCAGAAAAGUCCUGUGGUGUAGGUUGUGAGUGGAGCACAAAUACAGCCAUAUUUGCAUAAAUAUAUAUAUAAAAAAAAAGGCUCAUAAACCGUGAUAGGCAUGAUGUGAAGGUUACAAUACUAGGGUACAUUUUUAUUAGACAGUGCUUGAUAAUCAAUGCUUUGUUUCAAAUCCAGUUUGCUGUGACCUAAAGCCGAACCAAGUGUAUUUCCAGACCACAUAGCUCAUCUACACGAGUCUACAGAACUGGCAAACUGGGUCUGUGGAUUAGGAGUUGCAAAAUGCUUGUGUUCACUUUAUCCCUUUCACAUACCACAAAUCCCCAUCAACACUAGUCAAGUUCAUAUUUAAGGCAUUAUCCGAGAUGACAAACCAGCAAUCAGUGAGAUGAGGACAGCAUUAAAGAAAAGAUAAACCCAGGCGAAGGCUAUAGGAUGUUCACUAUUUGUGUAAAUAAUUAGGUACACUGUUACUUAAUAGGAAAAUAAGUGGAAAAAAAAUAUUAAUCCCAUUCUUUAAAGAGACUUUAAGAAACUCGACCAAACGACCACUUUAUUGUGUCUGAUUCAUAUAAGUUUGUGUUCUAUAUGUUUCUUGUUCUAGUUAUCAUUGUAUUCAUUAUAAACCAUGUGAAAAUACUCUCUGUUCUCAGCAGUGCACAUUCUGCUGAAUGAAAACAGGGCUGGAUAUUUCUGCCUCACUGCGCUACUCAUCGCAGAACCCAGGAAUCAAGACUUAAAGCGAUUAUUUCCCUCAGAUACGGACAGAAACAAGAACUUAGCAGAUUCAAGCGUCGAGUUUGUCCAGCAGGGAGCAUCAGUGCACUACAAAAUCUGUUUGCGUACUGUUCUUUUGCCACUGUGUGACUACAGAUGGUUUCAUUUUGCACUUUUUAUUUAUGAAUUGUGUUAACGUGGUUUUUGUUUUGUUAUUUUGUUAAUCUCCCGCUUAAAUAAUUGUACUAAUUUAUUACGGACGAAGGGCACGUUCUCUCCAGCCGAUCACUGCACAGUCAGGAGGACAGAGAUUCAUGUGCACUUUUGGUUUGGUGAACACUGUGCCAGGUUUAUUUCAGGAUAAUAAAGUUGAUGAAAUUCCA